AUGUGUAACCGAUUUGUGGGAACCUGGAAGCUCAUCUCCAGUGAAAAUUUUGAUGACUAUAUGAAAGAAUUGGGAGUGGGCUUAGCUACUCGGAAACUAGGUGGCCUGGCAAGGCCUGAUGUGAUCAUCAGUAUGAAGGGGGACAUAGUGACCAUCAGAACUGAAAGCACAUUCAAAAAUACAACCAUCUCUUUCAAACUGGGCCAGCAGUUUGAUGAAACAACAGCAGAUGACCGGAAAGUCAAGAGUGUUGUAACCUUGGAGAAAGGGUCGCUGGUGCAAGUGCAGAAGUGGAAUGGCAAAGAGACCACGAUAAAGAGAAGACUUGUUGAUGGGAAGAUGGUGGUGGAAUAUGCCAUGAAAGGGAUUGUCUGCACUAGAGUUUAUGAAAGAGUGUGA